UGUUGCAGGUUUUGCAGUGUGUUGUGUUUUUAAGGAUGUUUUGAUUUUUUUUAAUGAAAACUAACUUUUAAUUUCGUGUGUGUCAGGUAGUAAUAAACUUAUUUGAGUCAAGUGAUAACUGUAAAUUCUGAUACCUCGCAAGUGGAGCAACUUUUACAGAUCUGCACUACAGUUACAGACUCGGAACAAGUACAAUAGCCAAAAAUAGUGAGAAAAGUAUGUUGUGAGUUGUGGGACAGCCUCAAGGAAGAGCAGUUGCCGAAACCUACAGAUGAGCGUUGGCGGGCUAUAAGCAAUGGCUUCAACAAAUCAGCGCAUUUUCCGCACUGUCUUUCUGCGGUUGACGGCAAACAUGUGAGAAUAUUUAAAUUCCCGAAGAGUGGAUCAAUGAACAUGAACUACAAACACUUCUUUUCUAUAGUUUUGAUGGUGGUGGUUGAUUCAAAUUAUAGAUUUGUGUAUGUGGACACAGGCGCUUAUGGAAAAGACUGUGACUCUUCUGUUUUCAAAUCACUGUAUUUUAUGAAUUACUUGUUACUGGACGAUUGAAUUUACCACCGCCGUGCCCAUUAACUGAAAAUAGCCAUAACAACAUGCCAUUUUUUCUGGUAGGCGAACAGGCAUUUUCUCUUUCGGAGAACAUUAUGCGUCCGUAUGGAGGACGAAACCUCAGCGAGAAAUAAAGAGUGUUCAAUUAUCGAUUGUGCAGGGCUCGCCGAUAUGUAGAAUGUGCCUUUGGGAUCCUCAGUAAUAAAUGGAGAAUUUUCCACAGGCCCCCGAAUGUAUCAAAACAUUUCGCUAAAGACAUUGUGAAGGCUUGCGUCAUUUUACAUAAUUUAGUGCGCGAGAGAGACGGCUCACAGAAUGACGACCUCUUUACUACGAAUGGACUACUGGAUGUGGUUGCGGCUAGGUCGACAAGAGCAACGAAAAAUACCGAGGACAUUAGAGACGGGUUUGCCGAAUAUUUCAUUAGUCCGGAAGGAGCGUUGCCAUGGCAAAAUAGCAAAAUAUGAGCAAAGAUUAAAUUCUGUUUUGUCUUUCAAAAAUUUAUUGUGGUGCCACUAGUGUAUAUUUUUUAAUAUCUAACGUUGUUUGUUUUACGCUUUAAAUUAUUACUUUAAUUCAUUCUCAAUAAUAACAAAAAUUAUUUACAAUAAACUGUUAUUAAAAGUACGAAACUGUAAUAUGCGUUCAUUUCUAGGUACCUCCUAACAUCAUACUGUCGUAAGUUAAAGGAAACUUACACACAAAUAAUAUAUAUAUACACACAUUAGUGUAAAAAUUCCGAGAGUAUGUACAUCAUACCAUUACAUUCUUGAAACAGACUUACAUUAAAAUUGAAGAUACAUGCAAUUAAUUAUUCCGGUUUGUCACACAUUAAAUACUACUAAACACAGUGGCGCCAAUUCAAAUUGAUACUGGAACCACUCUUUCAUAUAAAUCCAAAACUUAAAGUAAUGAAAGGCAAAAAAAUAACAGAAAAACGAAAUAAAAACGUAUAGUACUUUCUACUAGGACUAUAGGUUAAACGUACCUAUUCUAGUCUGUUCUUUUUUCUCCAGAUCGUUGAAUCCAGGCUCUAAAAAAGUGCACACUUCCACCCAUGCUUUUUGUUUCUCUGUACGAUCUUUGAAAGUAUCACUUGUCUUGUCCCAUAAGCAAGGCCUAUUUUCCACCAACUCUAUCACUGUCACGAUAUCGUAGGUAAACUUGUUCAUGUUGCAAACUGUGCUACACUGCUACCGGGUCGUGGAAUGUUUACACAGUGUUGAUGAACUUGGACGCUUGCAAGAGGCGAUAAGAUAGCAUUGUCCCAGCGAGCCGGUUUGCCGAGGUCAGCCCCGGCUGCACACCGGCAUUCCGGUAGCCGGCCCGGACUGUGUGUGCGACACUCCAUGAAUAACUGUCGACUUGUGAGUCAUCCGGUGCCGGCGCAGGGUGCGUGUGCAAGCGGCCUUAUUGUACUAGAGAGAGAGACAUAUAGAGAAAAAAAUACCUCAUGUCUCAUGGCUCAUGUUAUCAUCAUUAAUUAAAGGAACAGGACGCAGUGCAGAGGAAUGGGGAUGGACGCACGGGCCCGGACAGCGCGCCGCGCCCGCCGGCCUGGUGAACAUGGGCUCGACCCCCCGCGGGCCUCGUCCAGGGUUUUUGGCAGCUAGGGGCCCAGACCUCCUUACUGGGCCGGGGGCGAGCGAGGGGAUGGCCCUGAGCCUGCCGCUGGCGCCGCUCCGUCGCCGCAGCAACCUGCUCAUCUUCGCCCUCAUCUUCGUGCCGUGCAGCCUGCUGGUGCUCGUCUCCGGACCAGACCUGAGCCAGGAGCAGGUGCUGGUGCAGCGGCUGGCCGAACUGCAGGCGCGACUGCAGCACCUGGACCUGAUGCACCGCGCACGCCAGGAGGAGGUCUACGUGCUGUCGCAGCAGCUGGGGCAGCUGCUAACGUCCGGCGACGCCAACGCGUCGUCGCCUCUACUGAGCGCCGAGGCACGUCUAGUGUUGCGGAACCUGACCGGGCUAGCGCUGACACAGGACGGUGCCAACUCCUCGUCAGUCGCUGGCGGCCAGCUGCUGCGUCUGCCCUCUGUCUACCACUUCCUGCCGCACCUCAUGGACAACCCGCUCAGCCUGCGGCCUGCCUUUACGCUCUCCAGAAGCCGCUCCGGUGUCUCCAUUGUUAUGGGUGUGCCGACGGUGAAGCGGGAACUCCAGAGCUACCUCUUGGCCACGCUGCAGAACCUCCUAGACAGCAUGAGUGUCGAAGAAGCAGCGGACUGUCUCAUCAUUGUGUUUGUUGCAGAGGUUGACCAGGAGUAUGUUCUUCAAGUGGCCAGACAGAUAGAAGAACAGUUCCGGGACCAGGUGGAGUCGGGCCUGAUAGAGGUGAUCUCUCCGCCGGCGUCCUACUACCCCGACCUGGACAGCCUGCAGCAGACGCUGGGGGACCCUCUGGAGAGGGUGCGCUGGCGCACCAAGCAGAACCUCGACUUUGCCUUCCUCAUGAUGUACGCCCAGCCCAAGGGCACCUUCUACGUGCAGCUGGAGGACGACAUCCUCGCCAAGAAGAACUUCAUCUCCACCAUGAAGAGCUACGCGCUGCAGAAGAUCGCCGACAAGUCGCCGUGGUUCGUGCUCGAGUUCUGUCAGCUGGGGUUCAUAGGAAAGAUGUUCAAGUGUGUGCAGUUGCCGUGGCUCAUCCAGUUCUUCCUCAUGUUCUACAACGACAAGCCUGUGGACUGGCUGCUGGACCACCUCAUCCAGUCCAAGGUCUGCAGGUUCGACAAGGACGCGAAAGACUGCAAAAAGGCCAAGUCUCAGCUGUGGAUCCACUACAAGCCGUCCUUGUUCCAACACAUUGGCACGCACUCGUCGCUCAAGGGCAAGGUGCAGAAGUUGAAGGACAAGCAGUUCGGGAAGGUGCCUCUGUUCUACCCGCACUCGAACCCGGACGCCGAGGUCACAUCUGACAUUAAGAACUACAAGCAGUACAGCCUGGUGAAAGCGUACAGGGGCGAAACUUACUUCUGGGGGCUCCUGCCCCAGCCGGGAGACCACCUCACCUUCACCUUCAAGUACCCCGUGCGUCUCAAGCGCUACUUGUUUCGCAGCGGUAAUGCUGAGCAUCCUUCUGAUCGCUUCUAUAACACCACAGUCGAAGUGAUGCCAGAUUCGAAUCUCGUCAACCUGAGCAAGAAUGAUUUCAACACUACCAGCGAUGGGUUCUUUAUUGUUGGUAAAUUUGACAGUUUAGGAGUGGCAGAAGGGUUCGUAGAUUCUAAACUGAACCCUGUUAAAGCAAUACGACUGAAUGUUCACAGCGACAGUGAAAACUGGGCGAUACUCAGUGAGAUCUUGGUGGAGGCUGCCAGUGGCAGAUGACACCGAAUGAGCGGGCGGCUCAAGCGAGUGUCGCACUGACCCCGCCACCGCCUCCCACGAAUCAAAGACUUUGUGACCUAGGCUGUGAUAUAGUCAUUUUUUUAUACACAUAAUCAGCGGCACCGGCAGUGCCGUAUUUUUUGUAUUAUGUACUGUUAAGCUAUUUUAUAUCAUAACUGUUGUCAAAUGAGGGCAAAUAUGUGUGUAGUUAUGUAUGUGUGUGUGAGAUUGUAUGUGUUCAAGUGUAUUUAGCUGUAUGCCAAGGAUUAAGUGCUUUUAUAUUAUCUCGUUACAUCCAAUUGUAUUAGUUUUUUAAGUUAUUUUUGUGUGCCAUGUUGUUACACCCAAGACUACGUAAGCUAGUUCAAAAUUUGGUUUGAAGGGGACAUAGGUACAUAUAACACUUGCUAAAAAAAUUAUUUGGGUGUCAAAAUUAUAUAAGUUUCAGACACUUGUUAUUGUCGUCAAUUCGUUACUUAAAUUAUGUCUCUCAGACACAAAACUAAUAUUAAUGGAUUUUUUAUUAAGACUCGGAAGAAUAAUUCACAAUCAACGGGGUAGCCAUCUUGUGACCACAUAACACAGUACAGGUAGAACAUACAACCUUUCUCACAUAACUUCUUUGUCUCCGAAAGCAAACACAUGUCAACAGUUUUGCAGGUUCCAAAAGGAUAACUCAUAAAUUGACAGUUUAUAAUAAGUCCCAUGGUUACAUACGUAUUCACGGAUCAAAGCCGCAGGACUAAGUUCUUGGAACAAAUCCGCGAUCACUCGAACCUUAUUUUGGGCGAUACCAAUGACUGUGGUCGAAAAUUCUAGUUUCAAAGUUUCAAACACGAAAAACAGGUUGAUUAUAUAUGGUAGUGCCCGGAUCACAGCCGCAAAAUGUUCUCUUCAACUACAUAACUUUAUAAUUAGUGAGCCACUGCCCAACACGUAGCCUAUCAGUACCUCUUCCAGAUAAUGACUGACGGAACACAGCACAUCACAAAACACUAAGAAAAUUAUCAGUUAGCAGGGGACUUCACCGAAAUACUGCCUUAUGGUUGGCUACAACAUACCUAUAGUUUUACAAUUAUAAUGAAGUAACCCUCCUUCCUUGAGGUCACAUGUCUCUGUCCUUCUCUGUCCUUCAUUGCGUAGUAGCAGAAAUGGGAACGUUACAGGGACGUCGGAACAGGGGGGACAGCAGGGGCGAGUCGCCCCCGUGCUGUUAUGGAUUGGGGGACGAGAGUAGCAUUUCGCCCCCCUACUUUUCCCGGAAUAAAUGUUUGGUCGUAGUAGUAUUUUUCUCAACCUGUAGUUACAAAUGUUGCAUUGGUGAUAUAUUUUUGUUUCUCAGCGGUUACUUUUAAAGGGUGUUUGCUAAUAAGAUAGUUCCAAAAUAAUUUUGCUUCUAAAAUUUAAUGAUUUGGCUAAUGAUUUAAAUUUAAGUCAUGAUAUAGAUAACUAUAAUUAAUUGUUUUAAAAUUGUUUUAUCAAUUAGUUUAUCUAAUGGGUUUAAUAAUCUUAAAAAAAAUAUGUUAAUUUAUUUCAACCCGAACAGGAAUCAAAAGUAAUUGUGUGCAGGGGUGUUUAUUUCAAAUUCUUUUCUUUUGUCGGUGGAAAUAAUAGAUUUUUUAGGAUUUUGUUGAUGUGGGUUGGCGGUGGUGGGGGGGGGUGAGGGUGUACAUUCUAUCAUUUCUUCCCUUGCUUACAUUCCUGGUCAUGUGGUAUGAAGUCUUGAGUUGACCGUUUUUAUGUAGACUUUGUUGUACAACGGUUUAGUUUUAAAAUCUUGGUAAAAAUAAUAUUGCAAAUAGUGUUUAUCAAACGAUUGCAUGCUCUCAGUUGUUCAAGCUAAGUUGGAAAUAUAAAUUGUCCUUUAAAUUUCUUAAAAUUGUUAAAUUUUAACCUAAUAGAUUAGUAAAAAACAUUUAUAAACAAAUAAUUAUAGUUUAAUUAUGAAUAAAAUUGAGACCAUGAGCAAAAAAAUUAAAUAAUAAAAGCAGAAUAUUUUAGGUAACUUCCGGCAUGAAGCGAAGUGUUGAUUUGGAAACGGUUCUCUGUAUAUGAUCCUUGAUUUCUACAUUUCUCAAUCCUCUAGAUCAGAGGUUCCCAAAUUUUUUUUGCCAGGGAACCGUAUGAUCAAUUUUUCUUUUGGCAAAAUCCCAAUUCCUUCAAAGAAAGUUAUUUGACAAUAAUUGUGUCUGCUUUAUGUGACAUUCGUCCUGACUCACGGAACCCCUGUGACCCUGCCACGGAACCACGGGGUUCCGCGGAACAUCUUUUGGGAACCACUGGCCUAGAUUCUCAACAUUUACAGUGAUGGAGUUAUGAGUUGUAAUUAUGUUUAAGGUUUACUAUCUUAGUUUUUUUUUCUUUUUCAUUUUUGUACUCCAGUUAAUAGAAACAAAAGUUUUGUAUGUACAUAGUUUAAAAUUCCGUGCCUACAAUCUACAUCAAUACAUCGGCUUAACCAUUAAAAUUUAAGUUAUAAAAAUACAUGAGGGAAUAAAGUUAGAUACUGAAUUAACAUUAUUAAAAUUUUGCAUAAGUAUAAUGUUAAAUUUUAAGUUAAAUUAUUUUUACUCUUACGUUGCAAGUCAAUUUUAUUCUCAUUUAAUAUAUUUUUAGUAGUGAUGGGUCAAUUCCUGAUUUUUCCCGGUUCUCGGUUCGGUACCGGUUCUUAAAAAUCGGUUCUCGGUUCUCGGUUCCGACUUAAAAAAAUAAAAUAAAUAUUAUUCACACAUUAUUUAUGAGGUGUUUUAAGUAAUAAACUAUUUACUGUUUUGGCUACAAAAAAGCACUAAAAAGCAUGUGUCCAUACUUACAUCUUCAACAAUUUACUGUUUAUAACACUGAAAAUAAUAAUUUGUUUGUAUUGUUCUGUCCUCAAUGUUUUUUUAUUGUAUGCUUACAAAGAAAUGCAUUGGCAUAAUGAUUCAGUCUUUAAAGAGGCUAUCAAAGCAAAUUAAAAGGUUUAGAAUAGUUUUCAAGCUACAGUAAACACACCAACAUUAAUAAAACUAAAAUUUACUAUAUUAAUUAAACCCUACUUUAAAACAUAGGAAUAAAAAGAAAAAGUUACAAUAAUGGAAAUAAAUACAUUGAUGGUGAACUUUCAAAGAAUUAGAAUAUUAAAUUGUCCAUCAAACUUAUUGCCUACAUUGAAUUCAGUAUGUUUGCACAGUCAACAGUAAAUUACUGCCACACUUCUGAUGCCAUUUCUUACACAAUUUGCUCUAUUUGGCCAGAAUAAUUAUACUUUACUAGUGUCAACAAGCAUUUUGUAACUUCCCCCUUCAAAAAAAUCCCGUAUGUCUAAAUGAGAAAGUUACUAGCCAUUACACUAGAUGGCUGCAGAUGCAGUGAACUUACAUUCCAAAGCACUGCACAAAAAAAAUGCAUAAAAUUUUAUAACGCCGAAAAUUAUCACGGAAAAUUUUUAAUCAAUCAUUAAUUAUAUUAAACAAUUAUUCUGUGGAAUUUGCAAUACACCAGUCACCCUUACGUGUCAACGACUCAAUUAACUGCCUAUUUUUAAAAACAAAUUGAAACAAACAUGGCGUCUUUCUGUUCUCACAUCUCUGCUGAGGCACGUCAUAGAGUUGCACACCUCUAUGAACUACAUCUAUGGCACCUUCAACUGUUAUGUUUAGAUUGUAAAACGUACUUUGUUUACAGAUGUGGCGAGAUCAUUAAAUAUUUUCACGUGUUAUUUAUUUUAUAGUUAGAGAUGAAUAUUAUUCCACGGAAGUCCAAAAAAAUAAUUCAUAUGUGGUUUGGACGUGAGUUGAGCCAUUUCAUGCUACAGUUAAGUUAUAGUGAAGGACUAUUUUCGUAAAGGGUUUUGCUGUACUGCCGGUACCGGUACCGGCACCGGCACCGGCACCGACAUUUUAGCUGCGGUUCUCGGUGCCGGUUAAAAUGCUGAGAACCGUAGGAACCGAGAACCGAGAACCGGUACCGACCCAUCCCUAAAGGUAUGUAUACGUAUUUUAUUAACUGAACACUAUUAUAAACAGGUUAAAGAAUAUUUUUUAUUAAGUGUAAUGUAAAUUAUCAUUAAGUACAGUGUAAUUUUAAUUAAAUGAUUUAUAUUUUCAUUCUGCAGUCAAUUACAUGCUUGUUUGAUUUUUAUAUAUGUAUUUAUAAAUGUUUUUUUAUUAAAUUCAUGCAAUUAUAUACAAGAGAAAGGAUAUACUGGAGGAUAAUCAUAGAAGCAAAACAUUGAGGAUGUUAUUGUUGUGUUUGUCUGAUAACAGUGAUGAUCUAGUCUUGAAAUUUCAGUUUUGGGAGUUAGUGGUACAAAUAUUUUGUGCAUACAUUGUGAAUGUUUGUACACUAAGACACUAACCAUAUUUAUAAAUAGAUUUUGUUAUACCUCUUGAUGUCUGGUUCUAAUAUUCUCAACUGUGGAUAACUCAGGAAAUACUUGGCUUGAGUUCUGCAAAGAAAACCACACACAGUAGACAGUGCUUGAAUUUUAUUUGGUUUUGAGUUUGAACAUUCAUUCAUGUAUGUAGUUUGAAUAUUCUGUUCAGUUUUAUAUUAGCCAGUAUAGCGUUCAAUCAAUUUCUUACUCAUUAUCAGUAAAGACAAGAUUAUAUGGGAUUUUUUUUUAUGGUAGUUACAUUUUGGAAACACAUGAUUUCUGUUUUAAUGUUUUUAUUGUUAUAAAUUAUUGUGUUUAUUUAUUAAUAUACUGUACCUAUGAUUCAAUGUAUAUAAGACAAAAAUGUUUUUAAUAUGUACUUAUUUCACUAAAAGAAUACAAGUUUUCCUGUGAUACUUUUAGCUUUUUUUACAUUAAAAUAAUUUGUAAUAUGCAUAUCAAGGCUAGUAUUACUGGGAACAAUAAAAUUUCUGCAAGCAUUUGCAUUUUUGGAAAAUGUACCAAUUUGGUAAGAAAAUGGGUUGAUAAGAAAUGUAAGAUCAAAAUAGGUCAAAAAUAAAUUUUUUCCUACUCAUUAUUUAUACAUUUUGGAAAAAAUUUCAUGCUAAAUAAAUUACAUUUUUUUUGGAUUACAUGUAUUAAAAAAUAACAUUAUUGUGAUUUAAGUAAAGUUUGGUUGAAAUUCUGAUAAAUUUUGUGGUUUUUGUAGCAUUUCGAAGCUAUAUGGUGUAUUAAUUAGCAUUUUUAUGUUAAAUGCUGUUCUGUGUUAUUUCAGUUUUAUCACAAUUCACUAUAAGAUCUUGUCCCUACUCAUUACUUCAUUAGUAAUGCUGCUUUUUAGAUGUUUAGGUAGCUAAGCCUGGUAUUCAUUUUGACAAUCUUAUGUGCUUUUGAUAUUCUAAGGAUAGGUCCAAAUAUGUAGUAUUAAAUGUCAAAUUAGUAAGUACUUUACUAUAACCAUUUUUUGCAUGUUUUUUAAUGUGGAGAAAGAUUAAUUUAUAAUUUUGAGAAAUUUUAAAAAUCAUUUAUGUUUGUAUUUAUAUUUUUACUUACCAAUUUGGUAAUUUAUAGUUGAAAAGUGUAACCUAAUUUGUAGUUGCAGACAGCUUUCCUCUUGAAGCCGGUGUCUUUUGGAAGGGUUUUUUUAUUGUAUUAUUAUUUUAGUAGAACUGAACAUGAUUUUAAAAUUUUUGUGAUUCAGAUACAAAGUUACACAACUUCUUGGUUUUACUUUUGAUCGUAAUUAUAAUCCAAAUAAUAACUUUGCAACUCAUUUAAUCUAUUUUAAAAUGUAGAAAAAAUAUUUUGUAAAUACACCAAUCCCUCACUUAGCACGACUAAUUCUUUCCUAAAAAUGUUCGUGUUAAUCGAAAUCGCGUAUUCUGAAGCAUUAGUCCCCAUAAAUAUAAGGCUAAAUUAUUUAAUGUGUUCCAAGAUGUGUAGGGAAGUAAUCUUUACAUAAUAUAAAUGCGUAGAAUAAUACUUGAAAAUGCAUAUGUCAUAUCAUUUAUCUUUUUAAGCCUACCACCGAAUACGUUAGAUAAAGAAAACAUGGCACAGUGUAACGGGAGAUAAGUGGUAACAUAUUUACCGUCAGUCAGCAGGUUGGCUUGCCCGCCCAGGCGUGACCUUCAACACGCGCGCGCGUCUGUCUGCCUGCUGUUGCAAGCAGCUGGAUCCUUUGUUAUUACGUUUAAAACUUAACAAAAUUAAAACACUUUUAUGAAAUUAAGAACCGGUUUUAUAUAACUUUAAAACACACAGCCAUAUGUAAACAUUUAAUUUGUAAUGCACACCUCUUAUAAAAGCGGCUAUGUAAACAAAUCAGUUAGCAGAUAAACAGAUUUUGAUUUUCCCUAGAGCACAAACAUAACAUUAAAAUACGGGUACACUCCCUAUUUAACGCGGUUGUCGGGGGACAUAACUUUUACCCGCGUUGUUGCAUAACCGCGAUGUUUCGAUGUGACCAAGGUCAAAAGGCAUAAAACACCGCCUGUGUUCUAAUAGGUCGGCAAGCACGCACAGUAUAGACGGCCCGCCUUUGUGCGGACUUUGCAUCCGCAGUUUCCACUAAACAAGGGUGAAAAAAUAAAAAUAAUAAAUUUUAAAGAUAAAUAUUAAAUGUUGAAUUGUUUUUAUUUUUCCGCGUGCCGCGCACAGUUUGUCGCACGGCCUACGAGCGCGCCAAACGCCGCCAAACACACGUGCGGCACACAAGCUGCUGCCAGUCUCGUGGUGUCAGCCACAGUAUCUGCUUCGUCAGUGUCCGUAAAAAAGUAAGUGCAGUGUGUGCGGUUACACACGAUUCUGUGGUCAAAGUCUUCUAAAAAGAAAGGCCGUAGUGAUACUUCAAACCGAAUAUGAAUCGCAAAGUACCCAGUUUGAUUGACAAAAUAAAAAUUCUAGAUUUACUUACAGAUAGCUUGUCUUUUGUAGAAGCAGGCCGCAGAUACAGGAAAAAAACGAUUCUAGCAUUCGUACAAUAAAAAAUAAAGAAUCGUCUAUCGUGUCAAGUGGUUAAACUUUAUUAUCCAUGCUUACAGUAAAUUAUAAAUGGUCACAUGUGGGAAACAAAAAUUGCGCCAAUUUAAUUUUAGCGCAAUCAGUGACGCCGUAUUAUAAACCGUGUUAAACUUUGUCUUUACUUAUUUCACCAAACGCUGUGUCGAGUUGCUGAGUGUGUGUGGCUCGGAUGGGCAAGUGUUAUAUUCCCCAGCCUCUGUUUAAAGGUCGGGAGACCGCUACACAUAAACAUUUCCGGGACUUGUUUACUACCUCACGGCAAAAGUGGUACAGUAUGGUUCACGUAAAUAUUGGACCACUGGGAAUUCCUGGGCAAAGAAUAAAAAUACGCUAGCCGAUUUACUUUACUAUUUAAUGUUAAAACAUUAUACCAAAGUAAAAAGAUGAACUUGUAUAAUACAAUGAAUUACCCAAUAAUCUUACGUCUGUAGGUUUAAGUUGUAACAAAACAUUUAUAUACAGAUGUCCAGUAAAGUACCAAUUAAGAUUCUGGAGUGGAAUUUUAAACACCGGACUACCUGAUUUUGCCUUGUACGCAGCGACGCUGCUCAGUCAAGUGACUCAUGCUCUGCCUGUGUGCUGCGUGAACACAUUCCCUCCCCCACUCCCCCUGGUGUUUCUGCCCGCUCUAAUCUCUACCUCUCUCCAUGUUCUCGGCUAGCCUCUCCCUACCCAGCGCUUGCCGACAACCAAGCCUAUCCAACAUCAAUCCCCAGCCGAGUCACGCUGGAUAAUGUCGCUGGAUGGUGGGCUUUAUCAGGUCCCCUGUCCGAUGCUUCAUUUGUGAGAUAAAGCGACGUUAAGAACUAGUGUUUCAGAAAAUAUCACUGGGCUGGAUUGGACCAUAAUUUGAAAACCCUACAAGAUAGAGGAAUAAUGUACGGAGAUAUCUUGUUUAGAAUUUUACUGCGGACAUUUUCUACGCCUAGGCUUUUUUCUGCCCGAUGCUUAGUUUGUUAGUUACAACGCAAAAUUAUCCUAAUCGGCUGUCAACCAUUUAUUCCAUUAUUAUUAUUCAUUUCUGACUGGGGGACAUGGUUUGACCCGCGAUAUACCCGAUUCUGCGAUCAAUCGGGGCGCGAUAUACCGGGAGUUUACUGUAUGUACAAUAUGUACAUAUACAAAACAUAAAAGUUAGUUAAAUAUUUUCUGGGGUGAAAUUAACACUAUCAUCUUGCUUUUUUUAAAAAAAACGUGUCCAAUUUCAUCUGCUUUGGUUUCUGUACGGUACGGCCUGGUCUGCAGCCGGGCAUCAACGGUAGGGCCUGGUCUGCGGCCGGGCAUCAACAGUACGGCCCGGUGUUUGUUUAUCUGCGUGCGCAUCUCUUUCCCCUCGCAUUCCAAACCAUUCUUCCCCCCUCGAAUUCCAUACCUGACGUCGCGUCGUUUCCGAGAUUUUUUUUAGCCUGUGGCGAUUUCGUGCUAACUGAAAUUUACAGACGUGCUAUUCGAGACUAGGGCAGUAAAAUUUACAUCGUGCUAACUGAAUUCGCAUUAAGUGAAGACGUGCUAUGCGAGGGAUUGGUGUAUUGUAAACUGGGAGCUUGUUUACAGUAAUUGUUCUUAUAAUUUAUUAUCAUAACUAUUAUUUUGAAUUAAUCUAUGUUUUAAUCUGAUGAUAUAUGUAUGUAAGUGAACUAGAGCAACCUGGUAAUACCAUAUCUCAUUGCAGCUAGUCAUUAAUUUAGUCAUAUUUUAAUUUUUGGUGGAGUCUCAUCUACAUAUAUUUUUUGGUUGAAUAUUCCAUUUUAUUAUUUUCAUUUACCAAGCACUGUUUAUUAAAUGGUUUUAUUCCUCCCAAGUUGUUAUAAAUUCAGUCUUCAGUCAGUUCUUUUAGCAGCCUUAUUCCUUGAUUGCCGCAACAAACUUAACGAUAGAAGUUUCUUUUAGAACAAAAAAAAGAGAGAGGAGAUCCGCCAUUGAAGAAGCGAAGAUGUCGUUCGUGUAUGUGAGAGUCUUCGAAUCCUCAGAGCUCUGUACAAGCGACAAGAAGAUUUGUACCUACCGCGCCAUAGAUAGAUCUUUCCUAGUAUUAAAGAAUUAGAGACAUCUGAUUUUAUCUAUGUCAGAUUCAGGGAGUCUGUUCGAACUCUGUGAUUCUUGCAGCGUCGGUCGAUACCAUAUUAGGUAUAGUGCUUCAAAAUUAAGACUAAGCUGAACAGUUACUAUGAGUCUGACCAGCGCUGGUGAGAACGUUCUUGUCUAUAACAUUUUGUAGCUCCCACGGAAUUCGCUGAAUUCCUGUUCCUGAUGCAUAAGCCUUGAGUCGUAGUCUUUAGACAUUUCUUUCAGCUAUCCUGUUUCUGUUCUCCCAUUGAGAACUUAUUCAGAGGUCCGGGAGACGAUAAUCUGAACAUACCGACUGAAUUUUAGCUAGCUAACAACAUCUGUGUUGGUGUUAUAAGUUCUACCACUAGAAUCAUCCACCAUUAGUUACAUUGAAGGAAAAUAACUAUAAGAGGUUCUUAGUGUAGAUACUGGGUUGUGUCUAGCUUCAUGAUCCAUUAUUUUCAGUAACAUAAUUUUUUUAAAAAAGCAUUGGUAUUGAUAAUCAGACUGAGGAUAUGCUAAAAGAAACGUUGAAUAAUUUUAUUAACGUAUUUAUGUAACAACGUAAUAAUACCAAAAUACAUGUUGUUGUUUUGUAAAAUCAUUUCUUAUUUAUUUAUUGAUAAAAUUAGUAGCAACUGUAACAAAAAUUGAAUUUAGUAGAAUAAUUAGUUUGUUAACCUUUUAUGUGUUCCUUAGUAGAUACACACUUGCACACAAGUAUAACGUUGAAUCUUAUUACUAUUUUUAUUUUAUAACACCUACACCACUUGAUAUCUAUUAUAUGCUAUAGUUGAUUGCCUCUCAAACUAUUCGCUAAGAGGAUGUGUUGGUUAGACUGCCGGACUUAAGUCCAAAAGAUAAAAUUCAUUCAUUUGCAACUUGAGAAAAAUAUAACUCAAUCCAGCACCACUAAAGACGUGUAAUAGAAGUUUGUGAUUCAGGUACAAAGUUAACACAACUUCUUUGUUUACUGUUGAUUGUAAUUAUAAUCCAAACAGUAACUUUGCAACUUAUUUAAUCUAUUAAAAAUAAAAGUUAUUUUAAAACGUAGCUAAAUAUUUUGUAAAUAUUGAUAAAAUCUUAAUUAAGUUAGUUUUUAAACAGUACUGAAAAUUUUGUUUAUUAAUUAUUUUUAUACCUAUAUUACAUAAAACCAUUUAUGAUCAAUCAUGUUUAAGCCUUGCAUUGUUUUAAUAGAUGGGUGUAUUAAAAUGCAUGAAUUUUAUUUUAUGGAUAUUAUUUUUAACUUAAUCACUUUAUGAUCAGUUUUUUUGACAUGUUAACUAUAUAAAGAGCUUACAGUCAUAUCUUGUUAUGUAAUUGAAAUCCUACUGUAUAAAAGAAAAAGGUUUUUUUUUUUUUUUUCAAUUGAAAGUACUUAAUGAAUAUAGGCAAAAAAUUUCAAUUUGGCUCUGAAUGUUGCUUUGGUAAUCAUUAAACUCUUGCUUUAAGUACUGUUUCUGUGUAAACUUUUUGUAUAUGCCUAUGUAGAUAGCAGCUCAUUUGUUCUCAAUAUUAUUGUACAUUGUUAUUGUAAAAGUUAUAAUUUUAACAUUUCCUAAGUUAGAAAUUUGUUGUAUUAAAGUAUUUUUCUAAAAAUAUAAACCAAGUUUAAAUUUUUUGAACUUAAUAGAAAUCAGUUUAAAUUCUGAUAACUAGAUCGUGAAGGAUAUCAUUACCAUAAUAUUUUGAAAUAAAUCAGAUUCAUGCAUUUUGUCACACAGAACUUGUGUGUUUUUUUUUUUUUUUUUUAGGUAGAUUUCAAAGAAAUACUACCUAUUGUCGCUGUUACCGUAGUCCAACUUCCGGAAAUUUUUGGAUCACAUUUUUAUGGACACAUAACUGCCGUAAUUUUUCACAAAUCACUUCCAAACUGAUACAUGAAAUAUAGAAGUGGAAAAUCUCGGUCAAUUUCAAAUGGGUAAUAUCUGACCACAAGGGGUAGAAAUGGGGAAGGUUUUUUGAAAAACAGAAAAAUCAUUAGAACUCCCAAAAUAUGACCACUAUCACAUUCGUUUGAACACUUUGAACAUAUUAUAACACGUAUCUAAAUACAUUUUUGAUACGACCAACCAUAACUGCAUGGGGUGGAAAGAAACAAGAGUCUUAGGACAAAACAAAUUAAUAACUCCAUUUGUAGGCACACCGUCGAAUCAGUCCAAAUUGUUUAUUAAUCUUAUAAUUUUUACCUCAAACUUUUAUCUGAAACAAUUUUUGAUAAGACAAAAUUUGCUGCAAGGGGUUAAAAAUGAGGGGUUGAAUUAAACCACAGUAUCAAAUCUGUUCAAAAGUUUGUAAAUCUUGAAAAUCUUAUCUAAAACUUUUGUCUGAAACAAUAUUUUAUACAACCAACCAUUGCUGCAAAGGGUGGAUAAAUAGGGGUUAAAAUACAAAAAUAAAUUCAUAACUACUUUAGUAAGUACACCAUCAAAUCUGUACAGAUUGUUUUGAAAUCAUAAUUUUUUAUGUAAAACUUUUGUCUAAAACAAUUUUUGAUAAUACAAACCAUAUUUGCAAGGGGCUGAAAAAAUCUGGGGUUUAAAUAAGAAAAUGAAUAAAACUUCCGUACUAUGUACACUUUUAUAUCAAUUCUUUUUUUUUUUUUACUUUUUAAAUAUUGUCUAAAACUUUUGACUUAAGUAUAAUUUUAUAUAACAAAUCAUUACUGCAAGGGUUUGAAAUAACAAGUGUUAAAAAGACUAAAAAGUAAUUACUACUAUCAAAUCCAUUAUAAUUUGUUGUAAAAUCCUAAACUUUAUUUAAAACCUUUCGCUGGAACAAUUUUUGACAAAACAAAAUUAAAAAAAAAAUUCUCCCUAAGUAUCAAAAUAGUUAAAUUUAUUUUAAACCAUCUUAAUAUUAACUUAACCUUGGUCCACAGAAAAAUUUUUGCAACACGUAAUAGUGCAAGGGAUGAAAAAUAUUGUUUGAAGGUAAAAAAAAUUGUAUAUCUACUUUAGUAAGCAUAAUAUGAAAUUUGUUCUAAGCUAUUCAAUGCUAAAUGCUUUGAGUUAAAAACAUUCAAAAUAUUUUCACUGUUUGGAUUACCUAUGAGAAAAUGUUAAAUCAAUCAUUUUAGAAUAUUGGAGAACAUACAGUAUGUCAUAAGUAGGGACAGGUACUUUUCGCGAUCGCGAAUCACCGUCGUUAGUUCGCGAAUUUGGCCCUUUUUUUACGAAAAUGCGAAUUUUGCGAUUUUCCACUGUUUCGUCGCGAAUUUGGUCAAAAUUUCGUUAUUUGAAGCUUAAAUUGCCACAAACACAUAUAAUAUAGAUAUAAUUCAUCUUCCGUUCGUAACACCAGCGCACCAAUAAAAAAUAAAACAAUAAAACACUACAUAAAAAUACAUUUCACCGUGUCGGCAACAUUACUAGGCAAAACUAGGUAAACAAUUUAUUUUCUCCAACCAUAACCACAAAAACCACAUUCUGUGGCAAUAAAUCACGGCGAGGUUAACGACCACAGAUGACGGUAAUCCAGGACCGUUUACAUUUUGCAUUUUAACAUUACAAGCUACAACAUUUGUUUCUCGUGCCAUGAAGUUAUCAAAACAAAACACGUUUCUCAUUAAACGUGUUACCAACGUAGCAGUACGAGAAUGCAAGAAAGAAAUGAACGUUUACGAACAAUCGAUUGUUGUUUAAUCAUACAAUCAAGCGUGUUCGGUAGAUAAAAACGAUACCGCGUUCAGAACGCGUAAAUUUGGAUAUUAACGGAAAUUACAAGUGUUUUUUCUUCAUAAUUUACUUAACCAUAAACUACUUUAGGCAAUUUUAAACUGCAACAAACAAAUUGAUGGAU